UAUUUUUAUACUGUAGUUAGAAAUGGAAAGCAGAACUGUAAUUGGUUUGUCACUUCUUUGUUGAAUUUUACUAUUUCCACCCCACCGCCCCUUUUGGUCACUUCCUGAAAGUAUGUUUAAGACGUGAACCCAGGAACUGAAAAGUCACUUGCAAGCUGUUUCAGCUUAAAAUAAUUAUUUUUGGAUUGACACUAAUUCUGUGCUUUGUCACCGGCAUCUAUGUAAUUGAAGAUACUGAAAAUUGAGAUUUGAGUCUGAACUAGUUUUCAUCAGUAGCAAGUCUUCAAGGACAUCUACAACUGCAUAGCAGAAGUUGCUCAGGUGGGAAUCUCAAGGAGCAUCAAAUAUGUUUAUUAAAUAAAUGUGUAAGUUGAGGUUCCUGAAGUUAUUGAUAAAAAAAUGAGUGUUUUUAAAAAAUACCCUAGUCCUGCGCUUUUUCAGAGAUCUGUUUCAGAGCAGGAUGGCAACACUACAGAAAUAGGAUGUAGCUUGAAGGACUAUCACUGGUAUCACCAAGUGAAGAAUAAAAAGUUAUAUGAAGAUGCAGGUUUGGAUUUAGCAAAGCUUCUUGGAACUUAUCGAUGGCAGACGACUCCUCGAUUUCACUGGAAGAUGACUAAGAGAACAGAUGCAUCAAAAGCUAAUGAACACCCUUUGAGACUGCCAACAUUAAUUGCUGAUGGUUGUCAAGAAGAUCCUGAAGAAAAGGUUGCUAUGCCAGCAACCAGGACAUUUCGUGUUCCCUUCUUCAGGUCUGUCUCUGAACCUGCACCACACUGGAGAGACAGAAAUCCAAAACCUCUUCUGCAACCAGAAGGUGGUGAGCAGGACAGUUACUUUAUUCGUGGUUUCUUCUCCACAAUCUCUGGCAGCCUUUCUAAGGUUUUGAGCUGGAGAGAAGAACGGGAUUUAGCAGUGACAGAUGAAAUGGAGGACAAACAUAUGGAUUUGGCUGAAGGUAUAAUUGUUUUUUUUCCCCUAGUUUUGUUUCUGAGCCAGACUACUUCUUUCUUAGCAAUUAUGAUUUGAAGUGUUUUCUUUGGAAAAAUUAAGUUGUCUUUUCUCUAUUGCAUUUAAUUUUUUGUUUUGAUUACCUGAGGAC